GCGUCCAGCCUCCUUCCUCCUCCCAUCAAAUCCAUUCUUCUUCCUCCUACCCAUAUUCUUCCCAACACCACAAAUUCUCAGCCUCUUUUCUGAGUUGACUCUUCUCCGUUCGACCGGGAAUCCGUCUACCCAAUGAUGGGUCCUCCUAUAUAUCUCCUCUUUGUUGUUCUUUCUGUCUUCUCUGUCGUCUCCGCCGACGAUGCCUCCGUAAUAUUGAAGAUUGCGGCGGCCUUUACUUCCCGUCCCUCCGACUGGUCAACGACGUCAUCCAGCGGGUACUGCCGGUGGACCGGCAUUAAGUGCGGCUCAUCGGGGAGCAUUACCGGCAUCAACCUAAACUCGAAAUCUAUAGCAGGGACCCUGCCGCAAGAUAUUUCGUCUCUAUCUGAGCUUCAGACGCUCGCCCUCCAGAGAAACUCUCUCCAUGGAGAUCUCCCUUCAUUUGCCGAUAUGGGUUCCCUGCAGGAGAUCUACCUCGAUAACAACAAUUUCACCAGCGUCCCUUCCGGCGCCUUUGGAAAGCUCGCCAGCUUGCGGAUCCUCUCGCUUAGCAACAAUGGCGGUAUAGCGCCGUGGAGCUUUCCCAUUGAACUUACUGAUUCUUCUACCCUCACCACUUUGUACCUCGACGAGACCAAUAUAAAUGGCCCAUUGCCUGAUAUAUUCGAGUCUUUCCCUAGCUUGGUGAACGUGAGGCUUUCUUACAACAAUUUGACGGGACCUUUACCGGCUUCUCUUGGAAAAUCCUCGAUUCAGAAUUUCUGGAUUAAUAAUCAGAAAAUGGGUUUAUCAGGGACGCUAGAUGUGUUAUCGGGCAUGGCCCAAUUGUUUCAAGCUUGGCUGCAAAAGAAUCAGUUCACGGGGUCUAUCCCAGACCUCUCUAAAUGCGUUAAUUUGAUGGAUUUGCAGGUUCGUGACAAUCAGUUGACGGGUAUCGUGCCGCCGUCCAUCAACUCGCUUUCUACUCUCGCCAACAUUUCUUUGGACAACAACAAGUUGCAGGGCCCAACCCCUGCUUUCUCCCCCAAUGUAGUCAAGUUUACUUAUGAUGAUAACAACUUCUGCACAACAGAGCCUGGGAAGAACUGUGAUCCGCAGGUAACAGUGCUGCUCGAGGUUGCCGGAGCUAUGGGUUACCCGGUGAUGCUUUCAGACUCGUGGAAGGGAAAUAGUGCGUGUAAUGGUUGGUCAUCUGUUACCUGCGAUACAACUGGAGCUGUUAUCAGCGUGACCCUUGGGAAGCAUGGCUUCGCCGGAACAAUCUCGCCGACCAUUGCCAACUUGACGUCGCUGAAGAAUUUGAUUCUCAACGGCAAUAACUUGACAGGUCCUAUUCCUCCUGCCUUGACAAAGCUGACAAGUCUUCAGUUUGUGGAUGUAUCGAAUAAUAAUCUGACGGGUGAUAUUCCCGUGUUUCCGCCCUCGGUGAAGUUCGUUUACAAACCUGGGAAUCUUCUUUUGGGGUCAAAGAAUUCCGGCGGCGGGGGAGGAGGGUCACCUUCUGGACCGAAUGACGACGGAUCUGGCGGCAACUCAAGCCGUAGUAAGUCAGCCUCUUUAAUCAUAGGGGUUAUUGUGGCUGUGUUAGUUUUCUUUGCAAUUGCUUGCUUCGUUUUGUACAAAUUCAUCCUCAAGAAAAAGUAUGGGAAAUUUGGGAAGGUGCAGAAUCCGGAUAACCGGAAGGGUCAGGCUAAGAACAUGGUAUUUGGUGGAGGCGGAGGUGGGAUAAACGGAUAUGGUGGUAUUGCUAGUGAACUGAAUAGCCAGAGCAGUGGUGAUCAUAGUGACCGCCAUGUAUUUGAAGGUGGGAAUGUUGCAAUUUCAAUCGAAGUUCUUCGUCAGGUGACUGAUAAUUUCAGUGAGGGUAAUAUCUUGGGUAGAGGAGGGUUUGGAACUGUCUAUAAAGGUGAACUACAUGAUGGAACUAAGAUUGCUGUAAAGAGGAUGGAGUCCUCUGCAAUGGGUACCAAAGGAAUGAAUGAGUUUCAGGCUGAGAUUGCUGUGCUUACUAAGGUUAGGCAUAGGCAUUUGGUUGCUCUAUUAGGUUCCUGUAUAAACGGGAACGAGCGGUUGUUGGUGUAUGAAUAUAUGCCUCAGGGAACUCUUGGACAGCAUUUGUUUGAGUGGCGUGAACUUGGGUUCGCUCCAUUGACAUGGAAACAGAGAGUUACUAUUGCGCUGGAUGUAGCCCGAGGGGUGGAGUAUCUCCACAGCUUAGCACAACAGAGUUUUAUCCACAGGGAUUUGAAACCUUCCAACAUUCUUCUAGGGGAUGACAUGAGGGCCAAGGUUGCGGAUUUUGGCUUGGUUAAAAAUGCACCAGAUGGAAAGUACUCUGUGGAGACACGAUUGGCUGGAACAUUUGGUUAUCUAGCACCCGAGUAUGCUGCUACUGGAAGAGUCACAACGAAAGUGGAUGUUUUUGCAUUCGGAGUAGUAUUGAUGGAGAUAAUCACUGGUAGAAAAGCAUUAGAUGACACGAUGCCAGAUGAGAGAUCUCACUUAGUAACAUGGUUCCGCCGUAUUCUGGUCAGCAAAGACAACAUUCCAAAGGCUCUAGAUGAAACUCUUAAACCCGAUGAAGAGACCUUAGCAAGCAUUUACAGAGUAGCUGAGCUGGCUGGGCACUGCACUGCCCGCGAGCCAUACCAGAGACCAGAUAUGGGCCAUGCAGUCAAUGUUUUGGGUCCUCUAGUAGAGCAAUGGAAACCUGCACACCAUGAAGAUGAAGAAAGCUUCGGCAUUGAUCUUCACAUGAGCCUUCCACAAGCUUUACAAAGAUGGCAAGCGGAUGAAGGUACUUCCACGAUGUUUCACGGGAGUAUGUCCUACUCUCAAAGUCAGUCUCAGACCCAUUCAAGCAUUCCUUCAAAACCCUACGGAUUUGCAGAUACAUUUGGGUCAACUGAUUGCCGGUGACAGGCACGGAUGGUCAUAGUGUUGAUCAAGGUGGGACGGUAAAAUGUGGUCUCCAAGUGCGAAAAAUGGGUUGCAGAGUAGCUCAACCAAGCUGAUUUGCGGAAGAUACUUAAAGGUCAUUUGUAUAUGUAUAUUAUCUUUAUUGAUUUUUAUUUGUUUUUUGUCUUAGUUGUCUUGUUGCCAGACCCAAAAACAGUAGAGCUUCUGUUGGUUUUGUUGAUUCUUUUGAAGCUAAAAGCUAACUGAUUGAUUUGUUUUGGUUUGGGAAUCACCUAUAUUAGGAAGAGUGGAGAGAAGAAAGGGCAAGAAUUUGUAUUAUAGUCGAAAUUUUACUUUCAUUGCUGGUGUAAUUAUCCAUUUCGGUUUAACGUCCUCAUUUCUAGCUGGUGAA